CGCUCCUCACGAUUCCUGCGGAGACUGAGCGGUGGGGGCAGGGAACAGGAGGACAGGAUCGGAGCACGAAACCGGGCGACUCUGUGCUUGCGUCUUCAGUGGGGCAGCUCGGGCAGUGGCGGAGACAACGCAACGGCGUCAUGUUGGGCAUGAUAAAGAACUCCUUGUUUGGGAGCGUGGAGACCUGGCCCUGGCAGGUCCUGAGCAAGGGGGGGAAGGAAGAGCUUACCUAUGAAGAAAGGGCCUGUGAAGGUGGCAAGUUUGCUACUGUGGAAGUGAUAGAUAAGCCUUUUGAUGAAGCCUUAAAGGAAGCAAUGCCAAAAGUUUUGAAGUAUGUUGGAGGCUCUAAUGACAAAGGAGUUGGGAUGGGAAUGACUAUCCCUGUAUCCUUUGCUGUAUUCCCCCAUGAGGAUGGCUCUCUACAAAAGAAAGUGAAGAUCUGGUUCCGGAUUCCAAACCAGUUUCAAGCUGAUACUCCAAUUCCCAGUGAUAAAAGCAUUGAGUUGGAAGAAAGGGAAAGCAUCACUGUCUAUUCCACGCAGUUUGGUGGUUAUGCUAAGGAAGCUGAUUACGUGUCUCAAGCAGCCCAGCUGCGCUCAGCCCUGGAGGGAACAGCAAACUACCAGACUGAUUUUUACUUCUGUACUGGAUAUGAUCCUCCCAUGAAACCUUAUGGAAGACGUAAUGAGGUCUGGCUGGUAAAAAAGUGAGUCACUGACUCACUGGGCUUCCAGGAAAUGUUUUGUUUUUUUUUAAAGUUAGCUUAAUGGUCAGAAUUUCUACUGGAGAUUAAAACUCUGAAAGGGGAAUGCAGAUACACAGUAUAACUUUCUGCCAAGUUAAUAUAAUAUUGUAUUCUUCCAGGCCUGUGGGGUUUGGUUUUUGGUUUUUGUUUUAAGAUUUCCUUUCUCUGGGUGGGACACUGUACAACUAAAAUAAAUAGCAUUCUUGUGAUUAAAUUGAAUAUCACAUUGCCUUGUCUAUAACAGGCACUUAAUAAAUGUUUGUUGUUGAAUUGAAUUGA